UUUGAUAAACCCUAAUCACACAGCCAUCGUCUCUUCUCCAUCGUCUUCGAGUGUCUGCCUUUCUUCUCCGGCAGGCUGAAUGUAUGGUGGAAGAACUCGGGGCUCCUGGGGGAUGGAAAAUUUAGUGCAGUACAGGUAGGGUGACAGAACCGAUUGCGGAAUAGGUUUGGCAUUUUUCUCCCAUAUCCCCAGCCGGUUAAAAAUCAGAGCGUCCGUAUCUUGUCAUGCAAUCCCAAUCCGCCGCCCUCCUCCGCCACCGCCGCCGCUUCAAUCAACACUGCGGCCACAUUCGCACUCUGUACGACGCCGUAUCUUCCAUAAUAUGCCCGCGGGACCGUGGACUCGACCACGCUGUGGAGCGCGAGAUGCACCUCCAGCCCCUUCUCAAUCUGAAAAACUUGAUCAUUUCCGAGCCGUCACAGUCGGUGGCGUUAUCCGUCAUAAACGAUUCGAGAAGAAAGCUACAAAUGCCAUUCCGACCGAUUGAUUUCAUCCGAAAAUAUCCAUCGGCGCUUCAGGAGUUCCACCCGAGCUCCCUCCAUAUCCUACCGGACAUUAAACUCACCCCCGACAUUAUUUCCUUGAAUUCGGAAGAAACUUUGCUUUACCAAAGUGUGAACUACAAGGAGGAAAUUGCGCGCCGCCUUCUGAAGCUGUUGAUGUUGAGCAGAAUUACCAAAAUCCCUAUCUUUGUGCUGGAGCGAUUGAAAUGGGAACUAGGGUUACCGCAGGACUACGAGAAAGCAAUAAUUCCUGAGUUUCCGGAUUACUUUCGGGUGAUUGAUGGGAAGAAUCUGAGAGGAAAUGGGAAGGCACUUGAGCUGGUUUGCUGGACUGACGAAUUAGCAGUUUCGGAGAUGGAAAAGAAAGGAGCUAAGGAUGGAAACAUUCAGUUCCCUUUGCAGUAUUCAAAAGUAUUUGAGAUGGAUAAGAAGUACGAGAAAUGGGUGGAUGAGUGGCAGAAGUUGCCCUACAUUUCGCCUUAUGAGAAUGCAAAGCAUCUGAAGGCGAACAGUGACGAGUCAGAUAAAUGGGCAGUGGCAGUGUUGCAUGAGUUGCUUAAUCUCUUUGUAGGGAAGAAGGCAGAGAGGGAUAAGCUUCUGUUUUUUGGGGAAUUUUUAGGCCUGGGAUCAUCGAGGUUUAAGCGCACAUGUUUGUUGCAUCCAGGGAUUUUCUAUGUGUCGAACAAGAUUAGGACGUAUACGGUGGUUUUGAAGGAGGCAUAUAAGAGAGGGAUGCUGAUUGAGAGGCAUCCUUUGGUGGAUUUGCGGUUUAAGUAUGUUCAACUGAUGAAUGCUCCGGAGGACAACGAGAAAGCAAAAGGUGCACAAGAAAAGAGUGGCAAUGAUGUAAAGAAAGGAGGGGAGGAGUUGGAGGAUGUAGAGAAUGAGGAGGAGAAUGAAGCGGACAUGGAGGAACAUGAAAGUGAUGAGAGUGAUGACUGUGAGGAUAGCUUUGAUGAUGAAAAGAAAUAUAGAAGAGGGAGAUCAAAAAGAAAUGAUGCAUUUGAAGAGAGGAACUGCAGAAGUGCAAUGAGGGGGAGGACAACUAAAAGGGAUGCAGAAGAAAGUGGAUCGGAACUCUCAACAAGGCAUUCUAAGCGAAUGAGUACUUGGGAUGGCAACCAGAGUAGAUUUCCUAAAAGAAUGAAUACUCAGGAUGGUGAUCAGGGUAGGUUUUCUAGGAGAAGUAAUACUCGGGACCGUGAUCAUAGAAAGUUUUCUGGGAGAAUGAAUACUCAGGAUGGUGAUCAGAGUAGGUUUUCUAGGAGAAGUAAUACUCGGGAUCGUGAUCAUAGUAAGUUUUCUGGGAGAAUGAAUACUCAGUAUGGUGAUCACAGAAAGAAUACUCGGGAUGGCAAUCAGAGUAAGUUUUCUUGGAGAAUGAAUACUCAGGAUGGCAAUCAGAGUAGUUUCUCUAGUAGAUUUAAUACUCGGCGUGAUGACCAGAAUAGGUUUUCUGAGAGAAUGAAUACUCGGGAUGGUAAUCUGAAUAAGUUCUCUAUGAGAACGGAUACUCAGGGUAGUGAUCGGAAUAGAUUAUCUAGGAGAAUGAACGCUUGGGACACUAAUCACAAUAGUUCCAGAACACCUCCACCAAAAUCAAACUUCUCAGGGAAGAAAGCUAGGUCAAAAACUGAAAAAUUUCCCAUGUAUUAGUUAUCCAGCUAUUUGAGCGGCCAAUUACUUGAGGUUUUUUCUAUUACAUCAGCAUGAAUGAUUUUUGUCAAUUUUGAUGCAGUUUUCAGGGGACAUUGGCUGUUUGAUUAUCAAUUUUGUCCAAUGCAAAAAUCCUUUGUUG